UCGCAGGUGCGGAUGUAGGAAAUAUGUGCAAGAGGUCUACGUUGCUCUGCUUGUUUCUCAUGGGCCUUGCAGUCUUGUCCGUGGUGGGCAAGGAAGAGAAGGGCACCAAGAAGAAAGUCAAGGAAGCUUCAGUGGUGGGCAAGGAAGAGAAGGGCACCAAGAAGAAAGUCAAGGAAGCUUCAGUGGUGGGCAAGGAAGAGAAGGGCACCAAGAAGAAAGUCAAGGAAGCUUCAGUGGUGGGCAAGGAAGAGAAGGGCACCAAGAAGAAAGUCAAGGAAGCUUCAGACAAUUCGAUUUGCAACAAAGACUUCGACAGCGGUCCGUGCUUCAGUUCGAUGCCGAAGUACUACUACCGCACGGAGACCAAGAGGUGCGAGAUGUUUGUUUACGGAGGAUGCGGAGGCAACGAGAACCGCUUCGACACGCAGAAGGCCUGCCAGGAGAAGUGUGGUGGUGGCUAAAGUUCUCUGAGACAUCGCUCCCUGCGCAACGCUCGCCCAACUGUCAGUUCAUUUGUAAUAAAGGUAUGGUUAAGCUAAGACUGUGUAAUAAACGACGCAGGUUGUGCGAUCUUACCUUAUCCAGUGCUUCAAAACAAACUGUCUUUGCGGUGGUGGUGGUGGUGAAAAACAUUUAUUAAAGUGGAGGGACGUGGACUGACGCAGCAGCACCACAUGCAUACUUGUUCUAUUUCAUAGUGCGGUGCCCCAUUCGUCGCAGCCGACAAUCUGGCCCUCUUGACCAAAGCCU